AUGUCUUACAACUGCUGCUCUGGAAACUACUCCUCCCGCUCCUUUGGGGCAUACCUGCGCUCCCCAAGCUCCUCCCGUGGCUCUUCCUGCCCCAGCAACCUGGUCUACUCUCCCAGCACCUGCCAGCUGGGAUCCUCUCUCCCCAGUGGCUGUCAGGAGACCUGCUGUGAGCCCACCAGCUGCCAGACAUCCCGUGUGGUGUCCAGUCCCUGCCAGACGUCCUGCCACCGCCCGAGGACCUCCACGCUCUGCAAUCCUUGCCAGACGACUUGCUCUGGGUCUGUGGGCAUUGGGUCCAGCAGCUGCCGUUCCCUGGGCUAUGGAUCUAGAAGCUGCUACUCACUAGGCUGUGGAUCCCAGGGCUUCAGAUCACUGGGUUAUGGAGUCUAUGGCUUCCCUUCUCUGGGCUAUGGAUCCAGAUUCUGCCGCCCAACCUACUUCACUUCCAGAAGCUGCAAGUCAUCGUGUUCUAGACCAACCUGUGGAUCUGGCUUCUAUACAUCAACUUGUUGA